AUGACAAUCACGUACACUCGACAUGUGGCUAAUGCUCGUCUCGGGACAUUUUCUCGACUAUUGCUUCACUGGAGAGGAAGCAUCUACAAGCUGCUAUAUCGUGAACUUCUUAUCUUUAUCACCCUCUACUGCAUCCUCAGUGCUUUAUACAGGGUAAUUUUGUCAGAAGAGCAGAAGAGAAUGUUUGAAAAACUUUCCAUUUACUGCAACCAGUAUGCAGAACUUAUUCCAGUCUCCUUUGUCUUAGGCUUCUAUGUGACGUUGGUGGUGUCACGUUGGUGGAAUCAGUAUGAAAGCGUGCCCUGGCCUGACCGUCUUAGCUGCUUGGUGGCCUGCCACGUUGGAGGCACGAAUGAGGCUGCUCGGAUUCUCCGACGGACUCUGAUGCGAUAUGCCAAUCUGUCAGCUGUACUGAUAUUCCGCUCUAUCAGCACUGCAGUAUAUAAACGCUUCCCCACUAUGGAGCAUGUUGUUCAUGCAGGUUUCAUGACUUCUGAUGAAUACAAGCAACUUGAAAGUCUGCCUUGUUCCCAUAAUAAGUUUUGGGUCCCAUGUGUCUGGUUUGUAAGCCUAGCAAUGAAGGCAAGGAACAAUGGUGACAUCCUCAAUGAUGUAGCCCUUCAAGCUAUUCUUAGUGAGCUUAACAGCUUGCGGGACCAAUGUGGGAAGCUAUACAGUUAUGAUUGGAUCAGUGUCCCACUGGUCUACACUCAGGUUGUGACUAUGGCUGUAUACAGCUUCUUCCUUGCCUCUUUGAUUGGUCGCCAAUUUUUGGAUCCCGCCCAGGGUUAUCCAGGACAUGAAUUGGACCUGUUUAUUCCAAUUUUCACUCUCUUACAAUUUUUCUUCUAUGCUGGCUGGCUAAAGGUAGCAGAACAGUUGAUUAACCCCUUUGGUGAAGAUGAUGAUGACUUUGAGACCAACUGGCUACUAGAUCGUAACUUGCAGGUUUCACUCCUGACUGUGGAUGAAAUGUAUGAGAAUUUUCCAGCCCUGGAGAAGGACAAGUACUGGAAUGAUUCAGAACCACAGCCACCCUAUACCAUGGCAACAGUGGACCAUAAAAUACCAUCGUUCAUGGGCUCCACAUUUCACAUAAACAUACCAAAGGAGGACAUGGAAUUCCAAAUGUUAGGACAAAUUAAGGAGCAAGAAGAAGAAAACCACGCCACCCAUCUGGGAACUCCUGGAAGACUACCAGGGAAGCCAUCGCCCAGACUUCCUUGUACUAGUCAGAAGGCAAACCUACUCAGAUUACACAAUGGGACACCUAUGAGCCACAUUCAACUACGUUUGCACCAGGAGUCACCUCCUGCCUCCAAUAAAAAAUCAUACACUUCAAAUGCAUCGUGGAUGGGGGUGGUGGACAGCCCAAACCCAGAUAAGACUAUUGAUUUAGAUUUUGCCUUCAUGUCUGUGCCCUUCUGCAACAGGCCUGGUUUCUACAGCUGCCCUCCGACACCAAUCCACUCUGUGCCAAUGUUUCCAUAUUCUUCAAGAUCCAAGCGUUCUACAGCGAGUGGAAAAGUAGGGCAAGAAUUACAAUGCAGUACAAGUUCUCUAUGUCCACCGAUUUUACCACAAACAAGUUUCAUUGAUAUUCCAGAUACUACAAACAUGGGGCUUAAUUCGUUGAUGUUAAAUGAAGAGGAUAAGUCAACAUCAGCCCAAGGAACUCUCCAUUUCCUAAAAAAGACUCCAGCCAAGGAUCCAUCAUCAUGCACUCAAGUAAGCCCAACAAUUGCAGAAUUACAAUCUGAUGAAGUCAAACUACAGUUUUGUUUUCCUGAAGGCCCAAAAAAUCUUGAAAUUGAGCACCCCAAAGGGCUAAUGGCUCGCAGGCAACCUAGAUGGACACUGGAAAAUCUAGCUUUAGAGAACAAGUCUCUGUCCACCAAGGGGUUUCAAACACCAAGCUUUGGUUUAGGUGUUGGAAAAGAAAAAGCAGGUACCCCAUCACCCAACUUUACCAACAUCCAAGCUCCUCUGAUACAGCCUCAGAUGGAGAAGACAGAAAGUUUACAAGAAUGAACAAACUGAACUGGCUUUAACUUGGAGCUUCAACAAUAAAGAUGCACUCUUUAAAAAGAUUGCUAGAAUUUCAUAUAAACAUCUACUUGUUAUAAAAAAAAAAAAACCCUAAAUGUACCAGUCUAAAUAGUCCAAGUGAGUUAAUCACUGCCAUGUAAAAAUUACUAAAACCAACUAGACUCAAGGACUAGGACAUUCUAGUUACAGUCCAAGCCCAGUUUAUACACAAUACACUCACUUUCCAGUAUCUAUGACAACAAUUGCCAAAUGCACCUGCCUGUACCUCAGUAAAUUCUAAACUUAUUUGUCCACUAGCAAUAUUCCAAGAUACUUGUCAUUUUUUAAUUCCAAUUACAACAUUGUAGCUCUCACAAAAAAACUAGAUCAUCAGAUCAAUGUACUCUUGAAAUUGUGCACCUUUAAAACAUUACACAACAGAAUUAAGUCAACUUUGUCAAUCUAAAAGACAUAUGUAACCUACUGUACAUUGUUGCUUAACUUAAAGCUGGUACGAUUAAAAGGACAUAUUAAAGUGACACUGUAUGUAGAUGAAAGCAGAUUAAUGCAUUCCUAAAACUUCAGCUUUUAAAAAAAAAAAAAUUAAAUUGAACCAUUCCUAACCUGUGUGUUUAAACCUCACAUACCACCUUUUAUGUUACAAUAUCAUUUCCAAAGCAUAACGAUUACAAAACAGUUUUUUGGCAAAACUAUUUUUACAUAGUGAAACACCUCAUU